AUGGCUUAUAGGAAUUCACUUGCCACAAUCAAACCCGAUGGGACUAGAAUAUGCCAUGCAGUGAUUCUUGAUCCCAGAACCCCCGAGAACAAUCCGAUCGAAAACUUUACAAAACUCGCUAUCCCAUUUCUUGAAAUCGAUGAACGAGAAGGUAUUCAUCAAUUUGUUAGAUGCUCCAUUCUAUCUCAAAAAUUGGCAAGGAACAACACCAAAAGAAGAAAAGCUCUUGAACUUAACUUUUACGAGUUAAAGCAACCUCAAGAGAUAGCAUGCAGCAGCAACGAAGAGUACCCUGUUCACGUUCUAGUGAGCGAUGUCACCCGAUACCACCAACUACCCGCAAGCUCCU